AUGUAUCAUUUUAAAUUCAGAGUCACACUCUCUAUUUUCUUUAUUAACAUCAUCAUUUCUUCUUAUUUAGCUUUCAGCCGUGCCCCAAUUCCGAUGGCUGUGGUCCGCAGAGAGCUCUCCUGUGAGAGCUACCCCAUAGAGCUCCGCUGUCCAGGAACAGAUGUCAUCAUGAUUGAAAGUGCCAACUAUGGGAGGACUGAUGACAAAAUUUGUGACUCUGACCCUGCUCAGAUGGAGAAUAUACGAUGCUAUCUGCCUGAUGCCUAUAAGAUUAUGUCUCAAAGGUGCAAUAACAGAACCCAGUGUGCAGUGGUGGCAGGUCCCGAUGUUUUUCCAGACCCAUGUCCAGGAACCUAUAAAUACCUUGAAGUGCAGUAUGAAUGUGUCCCUUACAUUUUUCUUUGUCCUGGACUACUAAAAGGAGUAUACCAGAGUGAACAUUUGUUUGAGUCCGACCACCAAUCUGGGGCAUGGUGCAAAGACCCUCUGCAGGCUUCUGACAAGAUUUAUUAUAUGCCCUGGACCCCCUACAGAACUGAUACCCUGACUGAGUACUCAUCCAAGGAUGACUUCAUUGCUGGAAGGCCAACUACAACCUACAAGCUCCCUCACAGGGUGGAUGGCACAGGAUUUGUAGUGUAUGACGGAGCUUUGUUCUUCAAUAAAGAGCGCACCAGGAACAUAGUAAAGUUUGAUUUGCGGACUAGGAUAAAGAGUGGAGAGGCUAUCAUAGCAAAUGCCAAUUACCAUGAUACCUCCCCUUACCGUUGGGGAGGCAAAUCUGACAUAGACCUGGCAGUGGAUGAGAAUGGGCUAUGGGUAAUCUAUGCAACAGAACAAAACAAUGGUAAAAUUGUCAUUAGUCAGUUGAACCCUUACACCCUACGGAUUGAAGGGACAUGGGAUACUGCAUAUGAUAAAAGGUCAGCUUCCAACGCAUUUAUGAUAUGUGGGAUUCUGUAUGUGGUCAAAUCUGUAUAUGAGGAUGAUGACAAUGAGGCCACAGGGAAUAAGAUUGACUACAUUUACAACACCGACCAAAGUAAGGAUAGUUUGGUGGAUGUACCCUUUCCCAAUUCAUACCAGUACAUAGCAGCUGUGGAUUACAAUCCCAGGGACAACCUUCUUUAUGUAUGGAAUAACUAUCACGUCGUGAAAUAUUCUUUGGAUUUUGGACCUCUGGAUAGUAGAUCAGGACAGGCACAUCAUGGACAGGUACCAUACAUCUCUCCACCAAUUCACCUUGACUCUGAGCUAGAAAGACCCCCUGUUAGAGAUAUCUCUACAGCAGGACCUCUUGGCACGGGAAGCACCACCACCAGUACCACCCUGCGGACCACAACUUGGAGCCCAGGCAGGAGUACCACCCCAUCGGUGUCAGGAAGAAGAAACCGGAAUACCAGCACCCCAUCUCCAGCAGUUGAGGUACCUGAUGACAUUACCACACACCUUCUGUCAGGAUCAUCCCAAAUCCCAGCUCUGGAAGAGAGCUGUGAGGCUGUGGAAGCUCGAGAAAUCAUGUGGUUUAAGACCCGUCAAGGACAGAUGGCAAAGCAGCCGUGCCCUGCAGGAACUAUAGAUAUUGAUCUUCAUAAAACUAAUACUUGA